AUGAUUAUUCGAAGAUUUCCAAGAUGUCAGCGCACGGUUGAACACGUCCCUCGCUUUAUUGCAGAUUAUAUCAGCAUGGGCGUAGAUACACAGGAAAGCCCAUCUGUUGAUGGUGAUAUUAGAAAACUGUCGGCACCCAUCAAAACAGUUGAGGAAAAAUGGAAGCUCCUCCCUGCAUUUCUGAAGGUGCGAGGUUUGGUCAGACAACAUAUCGAUUCCUUCAAUUACUUCAUCAAUGUAGAGAUCAAGAAGAUCAUGUCAGCCAAUGAAAAGAUAGUGAGUGACGCAGAUCCCAAUUUCUACAUGAAGUAUCUUAACAUUUAUGUCGGAACACCAGACGUGGAGGAGAGCUUCAACAUCACCAAGCCAAUAUCGCCCCAUGAGUGCCGUCUGCGAGACAUGACUUACUCCGCACCUAUCACAGUAGAUGUGGAGUAUACCAGAGGAUCGCAGCGAGUCAUCAGAAACAACUUGCCUAUAGGCAGAAUGCCGAUUAUGCUGAGGAGUUCCAACUGCGUCUUGACCGGUAAGAGCCCAGCCGAACUGGCCAAGCUGAAUGAGUGUCCGCUGGACCCCGGCGGCUACUUCAUCUGCAAGGGAGUCGAGAAGGUCAUCUUGAUCCAGGAGCAGUUGUCUAAAAACAGGAUGAUCGUAGAAUCUACCAAGAAAGGCAGUGUCACGUGCAGCGUCACCAGCUCCACACAUGAGAAGAAGAGCCGAACCAACGUCAUCUUGAAGAAAGGACGUCACUUCCUCAAGCACAACACCAUGUCCGAGGAUAUUCCCAUCGUGGCUGUCUUCAAAGCCAUGGGCAUGGAGAGCGAUCAGGAGAUUGUUCAAGUCAUCGGCGUGGAGGAGAGCACCAUGGCAGCGUUUGCACCCAACCUGGAGGAAUGUCACAGACUGCAGAUAUUUACGCAGAUGCAGGCCCUGAAGUUUAUCGGGAGUAAGAUGAGACAGAAACGCAUGUGGGGAGGCUCAAAGAGAAGUAAGAUAGAUGAAGCCAGAGAGGUUCUAGCGACCACAGUGUUAGCCCAUGUACCUGUGGUUCAGUUUAAUUUCAAACUUAAAUGCAUUUAUCUGGCACUGAUGGUCCGUCGCGUGAUUCAAGCUCAGGGGGACGACUGCAAAGUCGACGACAGAGACUACUAUGGCAACAAGAGGCUUGAAAUGGCCGGUCAGUUGAUAGCACUCCUCUUUGAAGAUUUGUUUAAGAAAUUCAACAACGAAUUGAAGAAGAUUGCUGACCAGACUAUACCCAAGCCUCGGGCUGCGCAGUUUGACAUCGUCAAGCACAUGAGGCAAGACCAGAUUACAAACGGCCUGAUAACAGCCAUAUCAUCGGGUAACUGGUCAGUCAAGCGAUUCAAGAUGGACCGAGCUGGUGUGACCCAAGUGCUCUCCAGACUCUCCUACAUCUCAUGUCUCGGAAUGAUGACUCGCAUAUCGAGCCAGUUUGAGAAGACGAGAAAAGUGAGCGGUCCUCGGUCGCUCCAGCCGUCCCAGUGGGGUAUGCUGUGUCCGUCGGACACACCAGAAGGAGAGGCAUGCGGGCUGGUCAAGAACUUGGCUCUCAUGACUCACAUCACGACGGACAUGGAGGAACAGCCCAUCGUCCAGUUGGCCUUCAACCUCGGCGUGGAGGACAUCAGUCUGCUCUCGGGGGAGGAGCUCAGCUCCCCCCACACCUACCUUGUCUUCCUCAACGGCAACAUCCUGGGCGUCAUCUGCAAUCACGGCCGACUCGUCAGGACGUUCCGCAUGAUGAGACGGGCGGGCUACAUCAACGAGUUUGUCUCCAUCUUUGCCAAUCAUUCCCAGCGGACCAUCUACAUAGCAUCGGACGGUGGCCGCGUGUGCAGACCGUACAUCAUAGUUGAAAAAGGGAAGCCCAAGGUGACAAACCAGCACAUGCAAGAAUUGAAUCGAGGAUUUCGCAGCUUUGAAGAUUUCCUUCGAGAUGGUCUAGUGGAAUACCUGGAUGUCAACGAAGAGAACGACUGUCAGAUAGCGCUUUAUGAAUCCUUCAUCACCAGCGAGACCACCCAUCUAGAGAUCGAGCCUUUCACUAUCCUAGGUGUGUGCGCCGGUCUUAUCCCCUAUCCACAUCAUAACCAGUCACCCAGGAACACGUACCAGUGUGCCAUGGGCAAGCAGGCGAUGGGAACCAUAGCCUACAACCAGCGCAACCGCAUCGACACCUUGAUGUACCUGCUGGCUUACCCACAGGCUCCCCUCGUUAAAUCAAAGACCAUUGAUCUGAUCGGUUUUGAUAAGAUCCCCGCUGGCCAGAACGCCAUCAUAGCAGUCAUGAGCUACAGCGGUUACGACAUAGAAGAUGCACUCAUCUUGAACAAGGCGUCUGUAGACAGAGGUGUUGGGCGUUGCCUUGUUUAUCGCAACCAGAAAUGUACGCUGAAGCGUUACGCCAAUCAGACCUUUGAUCGUAUGAUGGGACCGAUGUUGGAUGCUGCCACCAAGAAGCCAAUUUGGAGACAUGAAGUGUUGGACAUGGACGGCAUAUGUGCACCAGGGGAGCGAGUGAAAAACAAACAAGUUCUGUUGAACAAAUCCAUGCCCGUUGUCACCAUGAACCCGUUGCCUAGCAAUGCCACCGGCGAACAGCAAGCAGAAUGCCGGGACGUACCAAUUACAUACAAAGGAGCGCAGGAUUCCUACAUUGAGAAGGUACUGAUCACCUCCAACCCAGAGGAAGCCUUCCUGAUCAAAGUCUUGCUGCGACAGACCAGACGACCAGAGAUUGGAGAUAAAUUCAGCAGUCGACAUGGACAGAAAGGUGUAUGUGGCCUGAUAGUUCAGCAAGAGGAUAUGCCAUUCAACGACCUGGGGAUGUGUCCUGACAUUAUCAUGAAUCCCCAUGGUUUUCCAUCUCGAAUGACCGUGGGCAAACUCAUCGAGUUACUGGCUGGCAAAGCAGGUCUCUUGAAGGGAAAGUUCCACUAUGGAACGGCUUUCGGCGGGGACAAAGUGGAAGAUGUCUCACAGGUUCUGAUCAGUCACGGCUUCAACUACCUAGGCAAAGACUACCUAACGUCGGGCAUCACAGGAGAGCCGUUGAGUGCUUAUAUCUACUUUGGCCCUGUGUACUACCAGAAACUGAAGCAUAUGGUGCUGGACAAGAUGCACGCUAGAGCCAAGGGACCUCGUGCUGUGUUGACAAGACAGCCAACAGAAGGCAGAUCCAGAGAUGGUGGCUUGAGACUGGGCGAGAUGGAAAGAGACUGCCUGAUUGGCUAUGGUGCCAGCAUGCUGCUGUUGGAGCGGCUGAUGAUAUCCAGCGAUCAGUUCCAAGUCGAUGUGUGCGGGGAAUGUGGCCUUCUGGGAUACUCAGGAUGGUGUCAUUACUGCAAAUCGUCAGGUAGUAUAUCUUCCCUACGCAUUCCUUACGCCUGUAAGCUGCUCUUCCAAGAACUGCAAUCCAUGAACAUAGUGCCUCGCCUCAAACUCCAGAAGUACAGUGAAUGACGCCGUAAGGUACACUUCAUUUGAACUUCCUUUGGUAGUACCUCUGUCUGAACAGGAAGCCCUGUGUAUUUGUUUCACUGUUUGAUUUCUGCAUGUUGUGGAACACGCAUUCGUAACUUCUACCAAUGACCUGAAGUAUGGAAGAACAUUUGGUUGGAUCCUGGAGGAGCUUUGCCGAUUGGCCAAGCAUGAACUUUGCGGAUUCCUGAUUGGUUGCACAGUGGAAGGACUACUUGCUGAUUGGCUGAAUCAGUCAGGGAUUUGGUGAUUCCUGAUUGGUCGAACUGCUCCGAUUGGUUGACAAAGCAGACACGAAUUGCUUAUUGGUUACGCCAUUCAGAGAUUUUGAUAAUUUUGAUUUGUUGGACUGUACAAGUAAACAGUAAGAGUAUUUUCAUUUGCUGAAGACUUGAAAGGAACUUGUGAGCUGUUGCUGGAUUGAAUUUAUCUCAAAAAUGUCAUUUGAAACAAUAGUGUCUUUUUUGGCCAAGCUCGUUGCCUUCCAUUACAGAAGCAAGUUUUUUAUACAGCCCAGUACACAGAUGUGAACCAAAGGCUAAUUAUAGCUUACUGCUUUUUUUUCUCCAAAGUGAACAAUUUGGAAUUAUUUAUGAGACUACCAGAUGAGCCAGUGUUCUAAUGCUAACGCUUGUAAAUUGUGAACAAUAGCCGAUGAAUAAUUCAUGAAACCGUUGCUUGACCUGUUUGACAACUUUCCUGUGCAUAGGAAAUCAUCCGUGAUGUCAUAAAGUGAUCCGAUGGCAAAUUUCUGAGGGUACAUUGUAUUGCGAAUCUCUUUUGUUCACAGUUGAUUUCGGUGCAGGAGCCAUUUACAAUUACCGUUAAAUUUAUAGACAGUGCAUCAGAAAUCUGCAGGGUAAUCUGCUUCAGUAUCCGUGUUUAUGUCAUGUCAACAUCCUAGAAGACAAACCCUUAUGUGCGUAUUGCCAAGCAGAAUGAGAUGUGAGAAUUUUACCGUCGCCGUAACCUGUGAAUUUAAGACCGAUUCGGUAUUGUCAGAUAUUCCUGAAUGUUCAGGUUGUUACAUUUUUUUAGUUAUUUUCCUCUUUUUGGGGUGGUUUGGGUCAUUAGGGGUCCAACUAUUUUAUGUUCCUGUCACACCUGACAUAUGAUUUUGGUAACUUCAAAACACAUUCUAUCAUUUCCAAGAGUGAUGAAUUAAUCCAGAUUACCUGCCAAACAAAUAGAAAUAGUUUGAAAUCAAUUUCAGUGAUAUUUUCACAUCAAAUUACACAGGACAGGUGUAACAGGGACCCCAAAAUGUCACACUUUUGGGCCGUGAAGUUAUAGAACGACCUGUUUUCAUUUUUGUUAAGAACCAAAAACAGUAAAAUAUAUGUGACCUGUUACGAUAAAAUGACAGACAGAGGGUUUGUAAUAUUUGAAAAGAGUAACCCAUCUCCUAUUUAACUACAAAUAUUUUGCAGGAUCAUAUCCUUAAAAAUGUCAUUUUCUCAGCAAUUUUGACGACAGCAUUAUUCGUGCCUGGUCUGAAAUAGUGAAAACAUUCCGGAACCAAAGAUGCAAAGCUGCCAGAAUAAAGUCACAUUGUCACCUGGUACUCUUACCCUAAGUGUUCCAUGUACAUACGGCUGGAAAGCUCUUUUUCUGCUGAAUUCAAAAAUACAAAUAUCUCAGUUUUUGAAAAUUCUGACUUUCAGCUCAUUUUGUGGCGACAGGUCACAUAUAGUUCCUCGCCAAGGGUGGGUUUUUUUUUGUGGGGGGGGUCAUUUAAAUACAUGCACGGUGUAAACUGUAGAUGUGAAGCUCGCCUUGGUCUGUAGUAUUUUCAUUAGAAGGUACAGAAGGACUGGUAUCCACUCUAUCAUCACAGUCUGGUGAUGAUGAAAUAGUAAACAGUUGUCCUGGGUUUAUGGGACAAUCUGCUUUAUAGUGUUGGAUAGAUAUACACUUUAGAGGCUUUAGUAGGUCAAUACAGCAGAGCCAAUACAAGGUCAUCCCGUUUCAUCGCUAUUCUAGUUUUUAUUGAUCCGUAUCACACCGCAUUGUGCUUGAAGCAGCUUCCUGAGAAUACUUUGACCUCAACUCUAGCUACAAACUCCUGUUUAGAAUGCCCGUGGCUACGCCUAUUAUUUAAGCAAAUAUUUCAGUUCAAUCCCUGCAAGGACCACGGGAAAGUCUAUAGAAGGUAGAAUCUUUGAAACAUGGGGAAUUAAAGUGUGUGUUCUAUGAGAAGAAUUUCAGCACAACAGUCUGAACUGCACCAGUCAUCUCCAAAGUCUUCUUUACUGGUCCAAAUAUUUCCUAUAACAGACUGGAGCAUACACAAAACUAGUUGUGACUUGUUAGCCUGAAGGACAUCUUGUGCUCAGUAUUUGAGAAUUUAAUGGUACGAGUUAAAUUCCAUAUUUCAAAAUAUACUUCAGAAAAGUUCCAGAAGAGAUCUUUUCAAAAGAAAAGGAUGCAUAUUGUAAAGAAAUACUUGUGUCGAUAUGAAAAUGUUAUAAAAAUAUAUCUGAAUAAAAGGUUUUCAAAAGUUGUUUGCAAA